AAAUCCCCACGCAGCGGGGAAAAAACCCGUCCGAUAGUAUAUACGUCACGAAAACGUUUCCGCUAUCGUCUGUUCGUAACGUGCGCAAGACGAAAGAACGAGCAAGCGCGCGGCCGCUCGGUCACGUGACGAAACAGGGCCCGGUUGUUUAAAGAUGGAUGCCCGUCGAGACGACUUUAACCCGAAAUGGCUGUCGAACAUACGCCCCGGCUACUUCCACGACAACGCUGGGACGACCAGAGCGACGGAAACCAAUCGCCAAAUCGCUUCGGGCUAUCGCCACGGCGUUACGACGUCAUCGCCUCCUUCGUCGUCUGCAUCCUCCAGGAUCGAUGGAGAUAAAACGAAAACAAACAGCAGUUGCCACUCAGAAACCGAUAAUUCUGAUAAAGUAAAGACUAAGCUGAUGUCUAUGUGGAAUAACAUGAAGUAUGGUUGGACAGUCAAGGUUAAAACUAACUUCAGCUACGAAUCACCUAUUUGGUUGCUGGGAAAAUGUUAUCAUAAAAAACUUCAAGGACAAGAAAGUGACUUUGCUACUAGAAACACAAGUAUGGAGUUGUUUAAACAAGAUUUCUCCAGUAGAAUAUGGUUCACUUACAGACGCGAAUUCCCCACCUUAGCCGGAUCUAAUCUGACGACGGACUGCGGAUGGGGAUGCAUGCUUCGGAGCGGACAGAUGCUUUUGGCACAGGCUCUGGUUUGCCACUUUUUGGGACGAGAGUGGAAAUGGAACACUUCUCAAACACCCAUGAACGAAGUGUACCACAGAAUGAUCAUUAAGUGGUUUGCGGACCAUCCGUGUUCUGGCAGUCCGUUUUCUGUACAUAAAUUGGUAUCGCUCGGUGAAAACUCUGGAAAGAAAGCUGGAGAGUGGUAUGGUCCAGCAAGCGUAGCAUACAUUCUGAAGCAAGCAGUUGAGAAUGCUGCAAAAGAAAUACCAUUAUUGGAUAGUAUAUGCAUCUAUGUUGCACAAGAUUGCACAAUUUAUAAACAAGAUGUCUUUGAUCUGUGCACGGCCUUGCAGAAGAAGCGGAGUUUCUGUGACAACAGUUUGUCGGAUGAUAAGCAAAAUCUUUCAAAUAAAAGUUGUUGCUGUGAUAUUAGACACGAUUAUUCUGAAACAAAAAUGAAUUUUGCAGCUAAUCAAUCACAAAGUUCAUCCAUAAAAAUAAAUGUACAUUGUUCAAAUGGCGUACAUAAUGAAAAAGACACUAAAGAACUGGGACAGGACGAUCCUGUAAAUAAUAUUCAGCAAGUGUACAAACAGUUAUCCGAUAAUUAUUGUAUCAGUCCUUCUAUGUUCCCUGAUAACACAAGAAAUACGUUUUCUAUAUUUGGGAAACAGGAUAAACACACAAUUAAUAAUAUUAAUCAUUCUUUGGGAUCGAACAAAGAAGAAAAUACCAACGUAACAACAGCGCAAACGUCUGUAUUUUGUGAUUAUGCAACAAACUGUGAAAGGACAAACGUGGAAGACAUUUCCAAAAGUGAAAGUUGUUCAGCCUUUUUCAAUUAUGUAAAUAAUUUGGAACAGCUAGAUACAAAAAAUGUAAAGCAAAAAAGAAAUAGCUGUAGUGAAAGGAGGUCAUUUUUGCUACGUUCUGCAUCCGUCCCUCCGCCUUCAUCCGAAGAAACUAAUUGUUCGGCUACACAAGAAGAAAACAAUGGUGAAUGCAAUACCGAGUCUGUAGAUUUUCUAUGUAGUAGCAGCAGUUCUAACAGCGAACACUGUUCGAGAUGGAAGAGUACAAUUAUUCUCGUACCCGUAAGGCUCGGAGGCGAGAUCCUAAAUCGCAGCUAUAUCCCACGAGUCAGAGACAUGCUAACUCAGGAACACUGCAUAGGGAUUAUCGGUGGCCGUCCGAGGCACUCGCUUUACUUCAUUGGAUGGCAAGAUGAUAAAUUAAUCUACUUAGAUCCACACUAUUGUCAAGAAGUAGUAGACUUUUGCAUCACAGACUUCCCGUUACAGUCUUUUCAUUGUACCGCACCUCGAAAGAUGACUUGCACUAGGAUGGAUCCAAGCUGCACCAUUGGAUUUUACUGCAAAACGAAAAAAGAUUUCCUGAAUUUUACCAGAGCCAUCAACCAGAUUCUUGCACCUUACAAGCAAAAAGGCGAUUAUCCGAUCUUCACCGUCCAAGAAGGCAAAUGUUCCAUUUCCGUGCCGGAGAGAGACGUCGUUGCCAGGGAACGGACGGAAUCGCUGGACCAGCCGUGGAACUUCGAAGACGAUCUCGACACGAUAGACAUCAAUAACGAAGACUUUGUGGUUAUCUAACCUUGCGCUAUGGCUUACGUAAGUUUGUAUAAAGCUAUUUUUAAAAUCGUAAAGCGAGGAAACAUUUUAAGACCGACUGUAGAUAAUGUAUUUAAAUUUACGAAGCAACGUUUUAUGUACAGUUUCUAGUAAUAAUAAUAUCAAAUAUGUUUAGCGUUAAUUGUUAUCUGAGAUAUUUAAAUUUGUAUAUGGAGUUGCAAUCGUUGGUAAUUUUUAAGAAGAGAAAAACUUUCACUUAUGACACUUUUGUGUAAUUAUUUCUGUUUUUUUUGUUAUUGUUUCACUUGGAACAAUAAAAUAAUUGUUGUUUUUAUUUAUUUA